AUGUGUCGAGUGCUGACGGGCCGCUACCGCGAGAAACGGGGGCGGAUAAAUCGACCAUCAACGCAGUUAAUGUUUUGGCAGAAUGUAUGCCUUCAGGGCGGAGUCUCACAUCCUUGCUGGGAUGAGGGGAAGCAAGGAGACGUCGAAGUUGGCUUGCUGAGUUGGUCGCCUCCUCAACUUCCCGAAUCAGGCGGACUCCCUCAGCACGUGAUGCGCGACGCGCUCACCUCCGCAGACGUCAGGCGCCCGCCGCCUGUUCCAUCCAAAGCAUCCCGGCGCAAUCCACCCCGCCCUGUGCCCGACGCGCUCUCGCAAGGGCGUCGCAUAAAUCGCAAAUCGCAAAAUACGCACCCUGCCACACCGCUCUCCCCCAUGGCGCUCUCCAGGGCCGCAAGUCGGCAAGAGGCUGAACAACAUGGAUUUGCCAGAGGGAAGAAGAGAGCGUUGGAGGCAAUGCCUAGCGAGGCUCGACCGAGUGAUGUAAGCGCGUCUACAACGUCUAGCCGUCGGUCGCCUUCCCCUUCCCCUACAUCCGUGCAAGCACCCUUGAAGAAGCAGAAACGCGCAGAGACGAGGACAUGUCCUGUGUGUGGGGAGGCCAUACCUGUCCGACUACUAGCCAAGCACUCCGACCUGGAGAUGGCCCGAGUAGAGGAGAUCAUGAAACAGGUUGGGUCUGUGGAGGUGCUUGCUGACGCGGAACCAGAUGACGGACUCACCUCGCGUUCACGGCGGUCGAGUAGACGGGGCUCAGGUCUUUCGCAGUCGAAUACAUCCUUCGCAUCCUCCUCCAAAGUGACCGUCGAGCAUAUUGCCAAGACCAUUCGUACUUUACGGAGUCACCGCAAACAGCGACACGCGAGGCUCCGCGAGUUGACCCGGGAGGAAGACGAUGGUCCUGAAUGGUGGGGUAGUAGAGGCGAAGUAAGAAACGGGACGACGUGUCCGGUGUGCGGAAAGGUCGUUCCUGGAGAUGUAGAUGUCGUCGAGGCUCAUGUUGACUCUUGCCUGGCACACGCGAAGAUCACAGAGGGACAACAGCAGAGAGGUGCCGGUAGGUGCCCGCAGACGGAUGAUGACUUGGACGUAGAUGUGGAAGGGGAUAUGAUUGAGAGCGUUACCGCAGGCGUCAGCUUCAGAGGGACAGGUUUUGAUAUUCGAGAUCGCAGUCAGCGAGAUAUCGACGACGACGUAGAUAUUGACGGAGAAGAUGAUGCGGUAUUUGGUGCUGCGCAGUUUUCAGAAACGGACGUCAUUCCUCUUGCGACGGAAUCCCGCGAACAGGAUGCGGAAGCUGACGACGUGAAUGGCGAUGCCACUGGCACCCCUGAUGGGCAUACACAUGAGCCUAAAGUGAAUGGUGACGACGCAACAUCCUUGUCAAGCCUGGUAGCCGAGGGUAAAGUAGUGCGACGAAGAGUGAGUACAGUGGAAGAUGUGAAACGCACUAUGGACGAGGUCAUGGGAGUUGGCGAGACGGAAGAGGUUGAGCGCACGGUCCAGAAAGCACGCAGAUACGGCGAUAAAGCCGCGCUGAUCGACGCUCUAGAAGCAAAGAUCAGCUUACUAAGCCCACCGUUUCGACAGGGUGUUGGCAUACUUGCUGUCGUGAAUGCUGGCUUCGUUGCUUAG